AUGAGGGCGAACCACAAGCCCCAUCAUAAUCACCGCGGCAAAUCUAGUCGAACUCGUAACCAAAUUCCACACGAGGAAGAGUCCCUACCGUCUGAUCAACAAGCUAAUGAAGAUAUCCAAUACGUCCAGCUGGCCAUGUGGGAUUUCGGCCAAUGCGAUGCGAAAAGGUGCACCGGGCGCAAGCUCUCAAGAUUCGGAUUUUUGAAAGAAUUGCGUGUGAACCAUGGUUUUGGAGGCAUUGUUUUGAGUCCAGUGGGGACGGCCUGUGUCUCAAGAGAAGAUUAUAGCUUAAUACAGCAAAAAGGUUUAGCUGUUGUGGAUUGCUCUUGGGCACGGUUGGGUGAUGUACCCUUUGUAAAGCUGCGUUGCAUUGCUCCUCGCCUCCUGCCUUGGCUCGUAGCAGCAAAUCCAGUAAAUUAUGGUCGACCAUGUGAACUAUCCUGUGUGGAGGCCUUAUCUGCAGCUUUAUUCAUAUGUGGGGAAGAGGAAACUGCAAACUUAUUGCUUGGAAAGUUCAAAUGGGGUCAUGCUUUCCUAUCCCUCAACAGGGAACUUCUAAAGGCAUACUCUAAUUGUGAAAACAGUGCUGAAAUUAUAUCAUUCCAAAAUGCCUGGCUUGCACAGGAAAGACAAGUUCCUAAGGUCCCUGCAGAAGUAGAAGGAGGAGGCACAUCAGCUUGCAGUGAUGAUGAGGGUUCGUUUGAUUCUGACGAUCCAGCAUGGAUCCAGGCUUCUCAUGUGUUGGUGUAAGAUGGGUUUUGGUGUUCUAUGUAUCAUGCCAUGACUCCCAUGAGAGUCUUUUGUUCUUGCUUUCUGUGUAUCAAGCUUCGGCAAACAUUCCUUGAACAUGUCUCUAAUUUUGAAAAUUACAGGGUGGUUUCCCCGUAGGACUAUGAAAUGC